AAUUUCAAGCCAGCAUUUAAUAUAAUAAAAAAUUAAUGAUUAAAAUAAUAUGUGGAGGUAAUAUAAUAGUUGAAUUCAACAGAAAAUUGCAUACGAGCGACUUGGAGGUUCUUUUCUCUUUGGCGUCCGGCUGAAAUGAAGUGAUCCAAUGACUUUGUGAAUUGAGUUACGAGAAAAUGGGUAAUUCCCUCGAUUGGAUUUUGAACUUUGGAGGUUUCUUUUGAGUUGGGGAAGAUGAAGGAUUUUCCUGGGACUCCUGGCACUGCGAUGGGGCUGAUUCUGAGGGUUUUGCAGUGUGUUUUUGCUGCUGCCUCUAUUGCUUCUAUGGCUUCAACUGCUUACUUCUUUAAAUUUACUGCUUUUUGCUACCUGAUUGCUUCAUUGGGGUUACAAAUCACCUGGAGUUUUGUGCUAGCGUUAAUUGAUGCCUACGCGUUGGUGAGAAACAAAGCCCUCCAGAGCACGGUACUCGUUAGCCUCUUCGUUGUGGGGGAUUGGAUUACAGCAACAUUGACAUUGGCAGCAGCUUCUUCUUCAAGUGGAGUUGCAAUAUUGUAUUUUAACGACUUGAAAAGCUGUAAUUUUAUAGGGGAAUGCCAAAAAUACCAACUCUCAGUCGCCUUGGCAUUCCUCAGCUGGAUAACUAUUGCUACUUCUUCUCUUAUUAUGGUUUGGAUAUUGGCUUCCAGUUAAAACCAUUACUUGUACAGGCAAUAUCAAAUGUUCGCCAUUUGUAGUGAUA